AUGGCUGUAGCUAAGCAUACUGAAGCAGCUAAUGAACAUCUAUUUAUGGCUAAGACCACUGUUGUUCCAAAAAAAAAUGUAUGGUUAGUAGACAGUGGUUGUUCCAAUCACAUGAUAGGAGAUGAUCAAAUCUCUAUUACCUUGGAUAGAAACUUCAAAGCAAGAGUGGAGAUUGGCAAUGGUCUUUAUCUGAAGAUUAUUGGCUCAGGAACUUUAACAGUGGAGACUUUAACUAGUACAAAGUUCAUAUCAGAGGUAUAUUAUGUUCAUGAGAACACAAAUGGCUUUGUAACUCUUAUAGUCUCUUUUAAUGUUGAUGACCUUCUAGUAAUGGGGCCAAACAGUUAUGUUUUGAAUGAUUUCAAGAUGCAAAUGAAACUUGAAUUCAAUAUGAUAGAUUUAGGGGAGAUGAGCUAUUUUCUUGGUAUGGAAUUUAUACAAUCUCCUAAGUAUAUUUACAUUCAUCAAAGUAAAUAUGCUAAGGAACUUUUGAAAAUGUUUAAUAUGGAAGCUUGUAAAAUGGUUGAUACAUCAUUGGUAUCAGGUGAUAAAUUCUGCAAAAAUGAUCAAGCUCUUGCUACUAUAAGCUCAAUCUAUAGAAGUUUAAUUGGAAGUUUGUUAUAUUUAACAGCUUCUAUGCCUGACAUUAUGUAUUCUGCAUGUGUACUCUCGAGAUAUAUGCAAGCACCUUCCAAGAUUCACUCUUUUGCUGCAAAAAGGUUGUUUAGGUAUAUAAAAUGUACCAUUCGUUAUGGUCUCAAAUUCAGUAAAAAUGAAAGCAAAGAACUGGUUGGCUACUGCAAUAUUGACUGGGCAAGAUGCCUUGAUGAUUCCAAAAGUACAAGUGGUUUUUGUUUCUCAUUUGGAAGUGCUAUUUUUUCUUGGAAUUCCAUGAAACAGAAAGCGGUUGCUUAG